CGCAUUUCUAGGACAUACGCAAAAGCUAGAAUUGUUAAUACUAUUCUACCAGUGAUUUUCUUCCUAAGCUUUGCUCAGCAUCAAUUAGAAAAGACGAUCCAGGCCUAUAAAAUUGGUGAUCAAAGUAACAGCGUACUACGCACUUGGUCUAUUGUAUUGUUUUGUGUUUCUCUCUUUGGUAAGCUCUUUGUGGUUUAUAACCAGCUCCGAAUCUAUAUACAACUCGAUCAUCAGAUUGGAUCAGUUAAGCAUGGCAGCUCCAAAUAAUCCCCAUGACGAUGUGUUGGAAUGGGUGCAAAAAGAUAAUCGUCGUUUCCUACGCGCCAAUAUCCGAGUUGGUGAUCUUGAUCGAACUAUUAAGUUUUACACAGAAUUUUUUGGGAUGAAAGUGUUGAGCAGGCAAGAUUUCCCAGAACAAAAAUACUCAACUGCAGUCGUUGCGUAUGGACCCGAAGAGACUCAUUUUGUUCUAGGACUCACACACCACCACGAUGCAGCGGACAAGUUAGACAUCGGAACAGCCUUCAAUCAUUUUGGACUUGCAACCCAAGAUGUUUAUGGAACGGUUGAAAAAAUCCGAGCGGCAGGUGGAGUGAUCACACGUGAACCAGGGCCAAUUGCAGAGGGUGGGAGGACCAUCUUUGCCUUCGUGAACGAUCCCGACGGCUACAGUUUUGAGCUCCUCCGCAGGCCCCCAACUCCAGAACCACUGUGUCAAAUAUGUCUUAAUGUGACUGAUAUUGAUCGUUCAAUUGAAUUCUACCAAAAGGCAUUGGGAAUGAACCUACUAUUGCCAAAGUACGACGCUUCUCAGUUCCAGUAUACUAUAGCGAUGGUGGGUUAUGGUUCCGAUUUUACUCAGACGACGAUUAUCGAGUUGAAAUAUAACUAUAAUGUGACAGAGUAUACCAAAGGAAAUGGUUAUGCAAUGCUUGCUAUCGGCACUGAUGACGUAUACAAGAGCGGAGCAGCUGUUGAACUGGUUAACAAGGAACUUGGAGGGGAAAUAAUUCGACACCCGGCUGUAAACCCCAAAACCAACACCAAAAUCACCUGCUUCCUUGAUUCUCAUGGGUUUGAAUCGGUAUUGGUGGACAAUCAAGACUAUGUUGGCUUUCUUGGAAAAUCAAAGGAUGAGUGAUGAAGCGAAAUGCCUAGAAUUUAUUUGGGGUGUUGCUCAUAUGUUUCUAUUAAAUAAAGGGGGACUUUCAAAUAUGGCAUUUUGCCAAAAGUUACGGAAAUACCAUCUUUGUAAUAGAGUAUGAGACCAUCUUUGGGUGCCAUAUUUGGUAAUUCCACAAAUAAGUGUCCUGUUUUUUUUUUUUUUUUUGAGGUACAAAUAAGUGUCCUGUUACAAAUAACAAAAUGAA